GUUCCUGAAACAGCCAGUCCGGUCACUUCAGGCCCAUAAGCUGGAUCUGCGGCUACGGGGCUGGUCCCUGUGAGCAGCCGACCUUCUCUUCUUGGGCCCUCCACCAGCAGCAACUAUGAGCCAAAAGCCUGACCCGCCGGCCGGGGACUCCACGGCUUCGCCCCGGCCCAUUAAGGGGAUCUUGAAGAACAAGACCGCUGGGACUUCUUCCUCAGUGGUGGGUUCCACCGAAGAGUCACGCCGGAUCGUCAAAUCCCAGAGGUGGGAUGAAAUGAACAUCCUGGCAACUCAGUACGCAGCCGCCAUAGACUAUGUAGAUGAAUCAAGUACUACUUCUCUUAAUAUUGUAGAUAAUUAUGAAGACACUGGUAUGGACAUCGAACUCACUCAAGCCCUAACUCCAGAUGUCUCAGCUAAGCAAUCAGCUGCUGCUGAAGGCUCAGAGUCAAAUUAUCAGACUCUAGAGCAAGAAAGCGGUGCACGAGAGGAUCAUGAUCACUCACCACCACAGAUUAAAGGAAAAAAGAGCAACGAUUAGAAAUCAAAAUAAAGAUCUGCUACAACGAAGAAGUAAAUGUCAAGGUAGCUAGACAGCUAAUUUCAAAGACCUAAGUGAUAAUGGGGAAGAUAAGGAAAUUUCAGAGACUGCCGAUGGAGAGAGCAUGAAUAUUAACUCAUAGCAAGGACUUAGGACAGGUGAUUAACAGCAA